ACACCAUCACUAUCCUAUCUAUUUGUUUUGAUUUCUGAAUCAGUGGGUGUAUCUUCGAAUUUUUCCAAGACGACAUAAAAAUAUAAAACAAGAUGCCAAUUAUGUACAAUACCGGAGAUUGGUUUAUCCUACGUCCGGACACUUACAGAAAAUUGGACCUUUUUACACCCGAUUGGCCUCUGGAUGUGGAUUUGGAGUAUAUGCAAGUAGUUGCCGCACCAUUUGGAGGCCCAAUAGCUAUGACACGCGAUCCAAAACAAAUAGUACCUAUUAAGGGCAGUGUCAAACCCAUGAUACGGAUUUUUGAUACAGCUGGUGUGGAGUUAGGAAAAAUUCUUUGGAAUCAUGGCAAACUCAUUAGUAUGGGCUGGUCCGAUUUGGAGGAACUAAUAUGCGUACAAGAUGAUGCACUAGUUUUUGUUUACGAUAUGUUUGGUAAUGAAAAGGAAUCGUAUAGCAUGGGACAAGAAGCCAGCUUAACAAAGGUUGUAGAUGCAAAAAUAUUUCAAUCAACUUCUGGUACUGGAGUGUCAGUACUUACAACCACGGGACGAGUGUUUUUGAAGCUUAAUAAUGCCAAGGAUGUGCGCACACGACAAUUGCCAGAAAUUCCAAAGUCUGCUUCAGAGUGCACUUGUUGGGAGAUAAUUACCGAGGAACGUAAUACUUAUUGUCUGCUAGGUCGUGACCAAGAAGUAAUUAGAUUAUUUCCCGGCGAAUCUGUUGGAACCAUCACCCGUAAUCUCUUUGAUAGGCCAUUUGAACGAAUCUUGCUCAUGUCGGUCUCUUACAACCAUCAAAAUCUAGCACUCUAUACAAAUAAUGGUCUGCUAUGGUUGGGGACAGUGGAUAUGAAGAAAAAAUAUUGUGAAUUCGACACAGGACGAAAAGACAUCCCACGCCAAAUUGAAUGGGUUAUGGAUUCGGAGAAGAACCAAGCCGAAGCUGUAGUUAUUUCAUAUCCUUCAUUUUUGUUGAUUGUUAAUCGCAAUGGCGAUAAAAAUCUAUUCACCUAUGAUCCAGCAAUAUUUCUUGUCGCGGAAAUGGAUGGUGUGCGUAUAAUAACAAAUAGCGCACACGAAAUGAUUCAAAAACUACCAAAAUGUGUGCAAAAUAUAUUCGCUGUAAAUAGUCAAGAACCUUCAAGUUUCCUGUUUGAGGCACAAAAGAAAUAUCAAGAAAAAUCCCACCAAGCUGAUGAAUACUUAAGUUUGUUUCGCGAUAAAAUGGAUGUAGCUGUUGACGAGUGCAUAGAGGCGGCUGCUUAUGAAUUCUGUACAGAAACACAAAAGAGCCUUCUGCGGACGGCUUAUUUUGGCAAAGGCUUUAUACCCUCGCAUAAUCCUGACGAGUAUAUGCGCAUACUAAGAAUAUUACGAGUACUCAACGCACUGCGACAUGAAAAAAUUGCAAUGCCAUUGACGCAUAAACAAUUUAGCCAUUUAAAGGCGGAAGUCGUGCUGAGCCGUCUUGUGUUUCGCAAGCACUACGCAAUAGCUAUUCAAAUAGCAAAACAUUUGAAGUUACCAGAAUCAUGGAUUUUGGAGCAUUGGGCUUACCACAAAGUCAUUAACGAUAAAAACGACAAUGAAGUGGCGCGUAAAAUUACUGAAAAAUUUAAAAAUCCUUCAGUGCAAGGAAUAUCAUUCUGCAACAUUGCCGAGAAAGCACAUGACGUGGGUCGCGAUGAAUUAGCCAUAAAAUUGCUUGAACUGGAACCACGGGCAUCUCUGCAAGUACCACUCUUGUUGAAACUAGGAAAAUAUGAUCGUGCUAUUAAAAGUGCUACUCAAUCGGGAGACACAGAGCUGGUAGCUACAGUGCUUUUAGAGAUCAAAAAGAAAAUGAUGCUUGCCAAUUUUAAUAUUAUCAUACGCGAGUACCCAAUGGCAUUAAAUAUCUACAAAAAAAUGAUGAACGAAUGGAGUCGGACAGCUCUGUAUGAUAUUUACAAUCAGGAGGAUGAUCAGAAAUCCAUUGCCGAAUAUCAUUUUCGCAAUGCACUCGAAAGUGAUAGUUUAGAAUCGAAUUUGCCAAUUAUUGCGAAUAGUUACACACAAGGUCGUAAACAUGUUGAGGCCGAGUUGUGUGCCGAUACUGGCAAAAUGUUGAAGUUGCAGAAAAAUGUACUAACACCAAAGUAUGGCAAAAUACACCAAAUCACAUUCAAUGGUCUCUCUAUACAUGAUACCAUAAAGCAGUUGUUAGAAAUUGGUGAGUUAAAAGAAGCUGAAAAGAUUAAAAGUGAUUUCAAAGUACCCGAUAAACGUUUCUGGUGGCUACGUAUCAUAACGAUGUCUGAAAAAUAUAAAUGGGAUGAUUUAGAGAAAUUUGCAAAAAGCAAAAAGAGCCCUAUCGGUUAUGAACCAUUCGUAGAGGUGUGUCUCAAGCAGAAUAAUUUACAUGAAGCACGAAAGUAUAUUUUAAAAUGUCGGGAUGAUCGCAAAGCACAUUGGUAUUUGCGUGCAGAAUUGUGGGAUGAGGCGGCGGAUACCUCGUUUGAACAACGUGAUAUUAACACUUUAUAUGCUAUACAAAACAAGGCUUCUGCUAAUGGCAAUCGUAUGCUUUUAGAUAAAAUCAGCUCCUACAUUGCGGCGUUGGCAUCAAAGAAAUAAAAUAUUUAUAAAGACUUCCUUAAUAAUGUGCCCCCUAAUUUUUGCAAUAAUAAUAUAAGAUGUACAGAUAUAAGUGCAGAACAAAAUACAUUCAUUUUCUAUUAAUUCGAUGUUAAGUAAAACAAUAUGCGCUUGUUUGUAUGUAUUUUUUUUUUU